AUGUCGCAUCAAAUUCCAUACUCUCCUGAAGAAAGAAUCAACGCUGCUCGUGGCUACAAGGCAGCCUUGCAUAAUGAGCACGUCUCUCCAGAGGCAAAGGAGCAUGCCCGUGAGAUGUUGUUAAAGCUGGACGAACAACAGGCCCACCAGGAACUUAUGGAAGAAAGCAUGCACGUACCCUAUCACCACCACAGACGAGAACGCUCGUGUGGCGACGAUAGACAGAGGUCACCUCAAGAGAGAAUCAAUGCCGCCCGAGGGUAUAAAGCAGCCAUGCACAAUCCUUUAGUGUCAGAGGAGGGAAAGGCACAUGCGAGGGAAAUGUUGCAGUUAAUGAAUGACGAGGAAGCUCGGCAAGAACUAUACAGCCAAGACGAAAGGCCGAAGGAUCCUACCAGAGUUGCAGCUGGGUUGAAAGCUGCGCAGAAAAACCCACUCGUUAGUGAAGAGGGUCGCCGCAGAGCCGCAAAGCACCUACAUGAGAUUGAAAUGAGUGGCCCUGAAGAGUAG